UAAGUAUGGUAUAAAAAUAAGCGUUUCAGCAUGGUGCUAUGGAAAGCGUUUUUUAUCGUUGUUAUAAUCAUUACGAUUUCUGAUCAAUUCAGUGUCGCCGAUAAUUUUCCAGAAUUUCCUAAUGUAAUAGAUUCAACUGUUGCACAAAGUGACCUUCAAGAACAUAAUUACGAGGGUGUGAAGAACACGAAAACCAGAAGGAAGCUUACUUUGUUUCCAGGGGGUUGCAGCAGACAACCAGAUUCACCUGUAAAUGGAGAAAUAAGAUGUUCCAUAGACAGCGGGUGCAUUGCAACCUGUAAGCGUGAUUACAAAUUUCCUAAUGGAGUGAGGCAAUUAGCAAUAACAUGUACGGACCAAGAAUGGCAUAUUUUUGGCACAGAUUGGGUCUCUACUCCUCACUGCGAACCCGUUUGCAUGCCGGAAUGUUUAAAUAAUGGAGUAUGUAUUGCACCUCAUCAAUGUAAUUGUCCUGAACACUUUACUGGACCACAGUGUCAAUUUGAGAAUAAACCAUGCCUCAAUUAUCCUGCACCAGUACUUAAUGCACAUAAAACGUGCAAUUCGAAAUUGUGUACUAUAUCUUGCUUGGAGAAUUUUACGUUUCCGGACGGUACUUCCGUUUCUAAUUUCAUAUGCAAGAAUGGAAAUUGGGAGCCAACUCGGAAAGAUUGGGUCUCUAUACCCGACUGUAAACCUAUAUGUGACCCACCUUGCCUGAAUGGUGGUAACUGUCUCCCAUCGAAUCUUUGUCAGUGUCCUCAAGCAUAUAGAGGAUCCCAGUGUCAAUAUUCCGCUAACGCCUGCAAUGGAGAAAAAAUGGGUUUCAAUGGAGGAUUUCUUUGCACAAACAUUGAUGAUACUUAUUCAUGCAGCAUAAAUUGUCCUGAUGGAAUAGAAUUCGAAUUUCCACCAGCUUCUACAUAUGUUUGUAAUUAUGAAACGGGUGUUUUUAUGCCUCAGCCCAUCCCCCUGUGUAAAUACAAUCAAAAUAUGAAUGUAAUUUCUUUGGGCACUACAUAUAACUCCCAUGUUAAAGAGACUAAUCAUACCUGGACCUACCAGAAUAUUUUCAGUUCCCAUGCAAAUCAAUUUCCACUGAUUCAAGACAAUUAUCAAGUUACACAACAUUACAACAAUCAUGAAUCCAAUAUGUCCACGAAUAAGCUGGCAUUUAGUCCUUUGGAGGAAAAUAUUCUAUUUAUUGAAGAGAAGAGACCAGUUCCAGAAACUUGUUUCACGUGGGGUGGAGUACAUUAUAAGACCUUCGAUAAUACUGUCUUUAGCUUCGACAGCAAAUGUUCAUAUAUUUUAAUACAAGAAGCGCAAAAUAGACUAUUCACCAUAACUGUAGAGAACAGUCCAACUUGCAAAGUUGAGAGCUGUUUUAGGAUUAUAAAGAUUUAUGUUCAGGAUAAAGAGUAUAUUCUAUUGCGAAACGAAGAAGAUGUUCCAGAAUUUAGAACUCGAAGGAAUUUACUUCCAAUCCCAGCACAACUUUCUUCAUUGAGAGUUGAAAUGUCUGCACAUUUCAUUGUGGUAACUUUAAACUCUUUAGGAGUUCAGUUAAAAUGGGAUGGAGCACUCAUGAUACAGAUUGAAGCUGUCGAAAAUAUGUGGAAUAAAACAACUGGUUUAUGUGGUAACAUGAAUGGUGAUAAAAGUGACGAUUUAAUGAAAAACAAUGGAGAACAAACUAAAAGUAUUACAUCGUUUGCAACUUCUUGGCAGACAGAAAAUAUCGGAGAAAUGUGCGAUGAAUAUCCAAAUACUAAACACUCUUGUGAAUCUAAUCCAUUAGUCUCCAACGAUGCUAUAGAGUUCUGUACAACAUUGCUCUCUGACCGCAGAUUUAAAGCUUGCGCUAAUACAGUUAGCGUCUCCGAAAUGCAGGUAGCUUGUCUGUGGGAUUAUUGUUCUUGUACCGAUAAAGACAGAAGAAAAUGUGCUUGUGACACCAUGAAUGUAUAUGUCAGACAGUGUGCUCAUAAAAAUGUUGUAUCUUUAUCCGGUUGGAGAAAUAAUGACACUUGUCCCAUGUCAUGUAGUGGUGGACGAGUAUAUAUGCCAUGUGGUCCAAAAGAAGAAUCAUCCUGCUGGGCAGAAAUGGACAAGAAGUUAAAUAAAGAAUAUUGCGAAGAAGGUUGUUUUUGUCCAGAAGGAACAGUAGCUUAUGAAGGAAGAUGUAUUUAUCCUGAUGAAUGCCCUUGUAGACUACGUGGAAAACUAUUUAAACCUGGAAAAAAUGUACAAAAGGAUUGUAAUACUUGUACAUGUUCCGCUGGAAAAUGGAUAUGCACCCAAGCAAGAUGUAGUGCCAGAUGCGCUGUAAUUGGAGAUCCUCAUUAUAUUACCUUUGAUGGGAGACAUUAUGAUUUCAUGGGGAAAUGCAAGUACUAUUUGAUGAAAGGAGAUGAUUAUAGCAUUGAAAGUGAAAAUAUUCCUUGUUCUGGUGCAAUAUCAGAGAAUAUGGGACUUGUUCCUUCUGAUGCACCAUCAUGCACAAAAACUGUCACAAUCAAUUACAAAUCUGUUUCCAUGAAGCUAAAACAGCAUAGACAAGUACUAAUCAAUGGAAAUGAUCUAACAGUAUUUCCGACGAUUAUUAAUGGAAUUAGGAUACGAGUUGCAAGCAGUAUAUUUUUGAUUGCUCAAUUGCCAAAUGGCUUAGAGAUAUGGUGGGACGGGAUCUCUCGUGUCUACAUCAAUGCUUCUCCUGAAUUUCAUAGUAAUACUAGAGGACUUUGUGGAACAUUCUCUGAUAACCAGAAGGACGAUUUUAUUACACCAGAGGGUGAUAUUGAAAACACAGCAAUUUCCUUUGCCAACAAGUGGAAAUGUGAUGAAUUUUGUCCUAAUGUCCCAGAAAAAGAAUCAGAUCAUCCCUGCGACCUUGAUCCACAAAAACGAGCCACUGCAAAACAAUAUUGUUCUUAUUUGUUUAGUGAUAUCUUUGCUGAUUGUCAUUGGCAUGUGGACCCGGAUACAUUUUACAAAGAUUGUUUAUUUGAUAUGUGUUCUUGUAAGGUUGAAUUUGAAUCUUGUCUUUGUCCCAUAUUAGCUGCAUAUGCUAAAGAUUGCGCAGUUGCUGGAAUAAAGCUUUUCUGGCGACAUAAUAUAGAGGAAUGUAGAAUUCACUGUCCUGGAAACCAAAUUUACCAAAUUUGUGGAAAUAGUUGCACCAGGUCCUGUGGAGAUAUAUCUUCUUAUCAGGACUGCAAGCAAGAAUGUGUAGAGGGAUGUAAUUGUCCAGAAGGUGAAACACUGGGUAUCCAUGGGGAAUGUAUUCCAAUUGGCCAGUGUCCAUGUACUUAUGAUGGCUUAGAGUUUGAUUCAGGGCACAAAGAAGUCAGACCAGGAAUUAAAACUCCUGAACUUUGCACCUGUGCAGGUGGAAUUUGGAACUGUCGUGAAGCCACACCAAAUGAGAUGGUGGAAUAUCCAUCAGUGAAGGACCUCUCAACUUCAUGUGUAACAAGUAAACAUCAAGAAGUCACAAACUGUGUACCAACAGAGCCUCGAACUUGUCGUAACAUGCACAAACCAAUCCAGAAACCAUUAAUCUGCAAAUCUGGAUGUAUUUGCAAAUCUGGUUAUGUUUUGGAUGAACCAAAUGGUAAUUGUAUUGAAGAAAAAUCUUGUCCAUGUCACCAUGGAGGUCAGAGUUAUGGAGAAGGAUCUGUUAUACAAAAUGAGUGUAAUACUUGUAAAUGUAUGAAUGGAACAUGGACAUGCACUGAUAGGAUAUGUGCAGGAGUCUGUUCUGCCUGGGGAGAUUCCCACUAUAAGACAUUUGAUGGAAAAAUUUAUGAUUUCCAAGGAAUUUGUGAUUACAUCUUGGUAAAAGGUUCUCUGAGCAUACAAGACUGUUUCGAUGUAUCUAUUCAGAAUGUUCCUUGUGGAACAACAGGGGUAUCCUGUUCUAAAUCGAUUACUCUCACAAUUGGAAGUGGCCAGAGCUCAGAAAAAAUUGUUUUAACCAGGGGAAAGGAACUUCCAAUAGAUGACUUUAAAAGAAUCGUUAUGAGAAUGGCUGGGCUCUUUGUAUUCAUUGAUGUGCCAGAUAUAGGGCUGAGUAUACAAUGGGACAAAGGUACUAGGGUAUAUGUAAAAUUGGAGCCUAGGUGGAAAGGUCAUACAAAGGGUCUUUGUGGCGAUUACAAUGACAAUAGUGAAGAUGAUUUCAAAACUCCAUCAGGUGGUAUCUCAGAAGUGUCUGCCAAUCUAUUUGGAGAUUCCUGGAAGAAAAGCAACUUUUGUCCAGAACCUAAAGAUGUCCAAGAUCCUUGUGUACAACAUCCAGAAAGAAACUUAUGGGCUAUACAAAAGUGUGGAAUACUAAAAUCAUCAGUUUUCCAACCUUGUCACUGUGAAGUUGAGGUGGAAAGCUACAUGCACAAUUGUAUUUUCGAUACCUGUAGUUGUGAUACAGGUGGAGAUUGCGAAUGUCUUUGUACUGCCAUAGCAGCAUAUGCUCAAGAAUGCAAUGCGAAGGGGGUGCCCAUAAAAUGGCGCAGCCAGGAAUUGUGUCCUAUACAGUGUGAUGAAAAUUGUAGCUCAUAUUCGCCUUGCAUUACAACUUGUCCUCGUGAAACCUGUGACAAUCUUAUGACUCUGAAAGAAAAGUCCCAUUUAUGUUCUCAGGACACUUGCAUUGAAGGAUGUUCUAUCAAAUCUUGUCCCCAGAAUCAAGUAUACACCAAUGACAGCUACACAGAGUGUAUUUCCAAAGAAAUGUGCAAAACACCUUGUACUGAAAUCAAUGGGGUGAUCUACUAUGAGGGUGACAGUGUGAAAGACAAUAAUUGUCAGACAUGUUAUUGUAGUCGUGGAAAAGUAUUGUGCAAAGGAGAACCUUGCACAAGUACCACUAUAUCUAGUACCAUACCAUUAGAGGAGCCACAAAAAUGUGUGAAUGGUUGGACUGUUUGGAUAAAUCAGGAUCCAGCAAUUAAGGGCAAGAAAUUUAAAGAUAUUGAACCAUUACCUUCAACUUUGAACUUAAUGAACAUUAAAGGAUCUGCUAUAUGUAACAAGAAUCAGAUGAUUGACAUAAAAUGUAGAUCAGUAAAUGGUCACCUGACACCAAAAGAAACUGGUUUAGAUGUAGAAUGCAGUUUAGAACAAGGUCUUUACUGUCAGUCUCAGCCUAAUCUACCUUGCAUUGAUUUUGAAAUCAGUGUUUUAUGUCAAUGUUCAACAACUACCACAGAAGAACCAGAAAUAUCAAAUACAACGAAAAUAAUAUAUGAAGAAUGCAAUGUGGAGCAAUCAAAUGAACCUCAUCCUACAAAUUGUCACCUAUUUUAUCAAUGCACUCCUGGAUUAAAUGGCAACAAAUUUGUAGAGAAAUCUUGCGGAGAAAAUAUGUUUUACAAUCCUCAGACACAAGUCUGUGAUUGGCCAGAUAAUGUCAUGUUGUUAAGAUCAGAUUGUUCAGUAGAACAAACAACACUAAGUAGAACCGAAUGGACAAGUAAUAAAAUUAAAUACAAGACUACUACAUCAACUACCUUGGAAAAAAAUGUUCUAACAACAAAAGCUUGUAAAGAAGAGGAAACAUGGAGUGAUUGUGCCGUUAAUUGCAACAAGGUUUGUGAUUAUUAUAGAUAUAUUUUACUAGAAGAAGGAAAUUGUAAUGGUACAUCUGAUUGCAUACCAGGAUGCGUACCAUUGGGGAAACCAUUAUGUCCACCAAACAAAUUGUGGAAAGAUAAAAUGACUUGUGUGGACGAAGCUGAUUGUAAUUGUGGGUCUCAUAAUGGUUACCCAGUCAUUUCUGGUAGUGUUCAGAAGGAAUCAGAAUGUGAAAUCUGUCAAUGCAUAAACAAUUAUUAUACCUGUGACAGAUCUUCAUGUGUUAGUGUAAUUAACAACAUAACCACUGAAAAAUCAAUUACACAAUCACCUAUGGAAGCAACUACCCUUUCAAUCCCUCCUUUGACUGAGGAUCACACAAUUAUAAUAUCAAGUACUGUUAGUCCACCAGCUUACUGUGACAGUGGAAAUUUUAUUCCAUUAAUUCAGUAUUUAAAUGAUCAGGUUUCAUUUACUGCUAGUAGUAUCAAAGGUUACAUGUCCCAACCCGAAAAUGCAUUAUCAAGUGGAAACAUUGAAUUCUGGGAGCCUGAGUAUACCACUUCUAAUCAAUGGUUAAAUAUAGAGUUCCAGCGCUCAUUACCUAUUUAUGGAAUCAUUGUUCAAGGCAGUAGAAUAGAAAAUAAAUUUGUUACCAGUUAUAAAGUUCUGUUUUCAGAAAAUGGGCAUUCAUUUUCAUAUGUUAUGGAUGAUAAAAAAAAGCCACAAGUGUUUAGAGGACCUGUAGAUCAAUUUAAACCAGUUGAACAGAAGUUUUAUGAGCCUAUUGAAGCUCGAGUAGUUCGAAUUAAUCCACUAUCCUGGCAUAAUGGUAUAGUUAUGAAAGUAGAAUUGCUUGGUUGUCAGGAAAUGGUGAGCACCAUUGUUCCCAUAACAGAGAGUAUUCCAGUAACUACAAUGGUUACAGAGAAAAUUAUAACCCCAGUUUGUGACGAACCAAUGGGAUUGGAUGAUGGUAUAAUUGUCCUGCAACAAAUCUCAGUAUCCUCUUCUUCUACCGACUUAUUACCGAACUUAAAAUUAUCUUCUCCGAGUAUCUGGCAUCCCAAACUAAAUAAUCCACAUCAAUUUGUAAAGAUCGAUUUCUUGGAACCUCGUAAUUUAACAGGAAUUGUUACUAAAGGUGGUGAAGGUACCUGGACCACGGUCUAUAAGAUAUUUUAUAGUAACGAUGAUUAUCAAUGGAAUCCAGUCAUGGACAAUAAUGGUUUUGAAAGAGAAUUCUUAGGCAAUUUUGACUCCGAUACCGUAAAAAAAAAUUAUUUUGACAGACCACUGAGUGCAAGAUAUUUGAAAAUACAACCGUUUAAAUGGCACGAACAAAUAGGGCUUAAACUCGAAAUUCUCGGUUGCUUCUUGCCCUAUCCUUCCAUUGAAACAACCACUGAAAAAGCGGAAACAAUAUCAACAACGAUACAGACCUUUGAAAAAUGUAACAUAUGCAAAGGAGUGUCAACUGAGGAACAAAUUAACUGUAACUGUACAAAGCCUCUUUGGUGGAAUGGAAAUACUUGUGUUAGCAAACAGGAAUGUCCUUGUAUAGUUGGACAUAUACCAUAUAAUGUGGGUGCAAUAUAUGUAAAUGAAGACUGUCAAGAAUGCAUAUGCACCUUGGGUGGCAGCUCUUUUUGUCAACCAAAGAAGUGUGAACCCUGUCAAGAGUCAGAAACAAGAGCAAUAGUUAAUGAAUUGUGUAACUGUGUAUGCAAACAAUGUCCAAGUGGUACACGUCACUGUCCAACCAGUGACAUUUGUAUUGAUGAGAAUUUAUGGUGCAAUGGUGUCCAGGAUUGCCCAGAUGAUGAAAAAGAUUGUCCAGAGCCUACAAUCCAACCUGAAAAAACUACUGCAAUGAAAAUGGAAAAUUUAACCGUUACACUAAUUCCAAUUACUCCAAUAGUGUGUCAGGAUCCAAUCUGUCCACGAGGAUACAAGACAGUUUUAAAACCAACUCAAAAGUUUCAAUACUAUACUACAUUCGAUACAAAUGAGGGAGUAAAAUCUCUACACAGGAGUUCAUCAAAAAGAAAAGGGCAUAGAAAAUCUAUGCAACAUCGUUUAAAGCACACUGAGAACGAGGAAUUGAAAAAUGAGACAGAAUGUGCACAGUUUACUUGUGUACCAAUUAAGCCACCAAUGAUUUCUAAUCAAAACAAACCUCAGACCUGUCCAGAAGUAUCUUGUCCACAUGGUUAUACUGUAAUUUAUGAAAAAAUGAGCAUGUACAAGCUUCAAAAGUGUCCUAAAUAUACUUGUAAACCUCCAGAAUCAAAAGAUGUUAUUUGCAAUGUGACAGGAAGAACAUUUAAUACUUUUGAUAAAUUAGAAUACAAAUAUGAUAUUUGCAAUCACAUUUUAACCAGAGAUAUGUUUGCUAAUAAAUGGUAUAUCACAUUGGAAAAGCAAUGUGACUCACAUACUGGCCAAUGUAUUAAAGUUUUAGCUGUGAUUCUGAACACAGAUGUGAUUGUUCUAUACCCUGACAUGCAUGUGGAUAUCAAUGAGUACAGUUUUACACCAAAUCAGAUUGCUAGAAUUAAUAAUAAAUAUCGUCCUUUCAAAAUAUCAAUUAUUGGAGAUGUUAUUUAUUUGAUAUCCAAUCAUUAUGGAUUUUGGAUAAUAUGGGAUACUAAUUCAAACGUCAAAAUAGGAGUUUCAUCUAAAUUGGCUCGUCAAGUAGAUGGUUUAUGUGGGUAUUUUGAUGGGUACCCUAUGAAUGACAGACAAUUGCCUGAUGGUAGUCAGGCUCGAAGUACUGUAGAAUUUGGGAACAGUUGGGCUAUGGAAGAAGUUCCAGAAUGUGAUUCAAAGGUAUGUCCACAUGACUUACAAGCAAAAAGUUGGGAUAUCUGUACCACAGUGAAAGAUACUUCAUUGGCAGAAUGUUCUAACAAUAUAGAUUUAGAAAAAUUUGUAUCUAGUUGCUUGGAAAGUACAUGCAACUGUUUACGCAGCAAUCGUACAUAUGAUGACUGUCGAUGUAGUUUAUUAACCAAUUUUGUCACCGAAUGUCAAGCUAGUGACUUAAAUUUAGACUUGUCCACUUGGAGAAGCAUUCACGACUGUCCAGCUACUUGCAUUAGGCCUCUCAUUCACAAAGACUGCUUUAGGAAUAAGUGUGAGACUAGUUGUGACAACUUGCAACAGAUAGACCCAUGUCCAGUGAUGCAGGGAGCAUGUUUCUCUGGUUGCUUUUGUCCUGAUGGUACAGUGCGUAAUGGGAAUGAGUGUGUACCUCCUACACAUUGUAAAGAUUGCAUCUGUGAAUGGUUAGGAAACUCUGAAUUUAUCAGCUUUGAUAGAAAAAACGUUAAAUUCAACGGAAAUUGUACAUAUAUUGUAUCGAGAGAUAUUAUUGAAAAUAGAAGAGAAAAUGAAGGUUAUACUUAUCAAGUUUUGGUGUCAAAUAGAAUCUGUGACACUGGAACAUGUACAAAAGCAAUCAUAAUACUUUAUCAAGAUCAUAUAAUUAUAAUUAAAGAGAGUGUACCUACUCUUGAAUUUGAAGUAGAACUGGAUGGUUCAAAAAUAUAUGAACUUUCUUUCAAUGCGUCCUGGUUGAUCCUAGAACAGGCAUCUUCAAAAAAAUUGCGAUUAUUGAUACCUUCUAUUCAGUUAGAGAUCAUCAGCUAUCAACCCAAUUUUGCAUUCAGUUUAACUGUCCCUUCACAUAUCUUUGGAGGUUCUAUGGAAGGUCUGUGUGGUAACUGUAAUGAAGAUCCAGAGGAUGACUUAAAACAACAAGAUGGAGAAAUUACAGAUGACAUGCAAAAUUUUGGUACAAAUUGGUUGGUCAUAAAGUCUCCAGUUGGUGACAACAUAGAUAUAACUGCAUGUGUUUCCAAUAAUCAGAGUGAAUGCAUUGUACCACCAGCAGAUCAAGAUCCAUGCAGGAAAUUAUUAGAUAUAACAGAUUUUGGCAUAUGUCAUAAUCUUGUUGAUCCAAUGCCAUAUUUAAUAGCCUGUCAAGAUAAUUUAUGCUCCGGAGGAACUUAUUGUGAUAGUUUUGAAAUAUAUUCAAGAAAGUGCCAGCAAAUGGGAGUGUGUUUGAGUUGGAGAAGUAAUGAAAUAUGUCCUUACACUUGUCCUCCAUAUUUAGUGUAUCAACCUUGUGGUUCCAUAUGUAAAGAAACUUGCGAUACAAUCAACAAAGUCAGUGAUGCUACAUGCACAAAAAAUUAUGAAGAAGGUUGUUUCUGUCCUCAAAAUUUAAUCAUGCACAAUGGCACUUGCGUUUCAAAAGAAAAAUGCUUGUUAUGCGACGAAAAAGGACACAUUGAAGGUGAUAUAUGGUUCCCCGAUGUCUGUACACAUUGCACUUGCAAUAAAAGGACCAUUAGUUGCGAAAAAACAGAGUGUCCAGCAGUAAAUACCAUUUGUGAAGAAAAUAUGUCACCUAUGAUUAUUAAUGGGACAGAAGAAGAUUGCUGUCCUAAGUACCUUUGUAUUCCAACAACAGUAUCUAAUGUGACACAAUUUUGCUCUGAAGAACCUCAAAUUCCUGAAUGUGGCUAUGGACAAACUACAAAGGUAUCCAUAGAUUCAGAUGGAUGCAAAAAGUUCAUCUGCGAAUGUGUACUAUUAUCAGAAUGUCCAAAUGUCAAUGAAGUUGUACUGGAAGUUGAUGAACUACAGCCUGGAUUUGUGCAGGUAACAAACACCUCUGGUUGCUGUCCAAGGUCUAUGAUCAUAUGCGAUCCUCAGACUUGUCCUCCAGGACCAUCUUGCAAAAAAUACUAUGAGCUAAAAUCUAAUAUAGAGUGGAAUGCUUGCUGUGCCACAUAUGAAUGCAUUCCAUCAAAAGACUUAUGUUUUUAUAGUAUUGAAUCAGAGACAAACAUAGAAAUGACAGAACACACAGUGACAAAGGAACUUGGAGAACAAUGGAUGGAUGGAAAAUGUACUUCUUGCAUUUGUGAAUCUUCUGAAGAAGGACCUAAACCAAAGUGUUCUGUAAUAGAGUGUCUUGGAGUUAUGGACCACCCAGAUAUAUCAGACUAUGUUAUAGAAGAAGUAUUCAUAGAAGAUAAAUGCUGUCCUAAUUUUGAAAGAACAGCUUGUAAAGAUGAAGAUAAAAUAUAUAAUGUUGGUGACAUUUGGCAACCAGAUUUUGAAGAUAGUUGCAUUUUAAUACAAUGCAUCAAAGAUAAAAAUAAUAUCCAGAAACAAGUGAAAGUGCAAGAAUGUACUACUACUUGUGAUUUUGGCUUUGAAUACCAAUCUACAAAUAAUAAGAGCACCACUUGCUGUGGACGAUGCAUUCCAGUAGCUUGUAUAGUCAACAAUCAAGUAAUAAACGUAGGAGAAGAAUUGAUCUCUUCUGAUUUUUGUACUAAAUAUUCCUGCAGAUUCAAUAAUGAAAGUGUUUAUGUAGAAACCUUCACAGAGAAGUGUCCAGAGAUAGAUUCUUGGGAAGAGAUUGAAUUUGAGAUAGAAAAACAAUACAUUUCAGGCCAGUGCUGUCCACAAUUUAUUAAAACUGGUUGUCGCUAUAAUGAUAUUAUAUAUAAACCUGGAGAUAAGUGGAAAUCCUUAGAUGAUAAAUGUGUUACAGAAGUUUGUGUACUAGAGAUCAAUACAACAAAGUCAAAGGAAAUGGAAAUUUGUAAUAAAAACUGUGCUCUUGGUUGGAUAUAUGAGGAAAAGGAAGGUGAAUGUUGUGGAAAAUGUAGACAAGCUUAUUGUGUGGUUGGGGAUAUAUUGUAUGAGCCUAAUGCAACUUGGCAUUCUACUGACAAUUGCACUUCUUUUACUUGUAUGGAUCAAGGAGAACAAUUAGUUAUCAGUAGCAGUUCUGUAAUCUGUCCUGAUAUAAGUAAUUGCCCUGUUACCUCAAUUUAUGUACAAAAUUGCUGCAAAAUGUGUAAUCUAACAUAUGACUAUAAGGUUGAUGCUUGUGCUGCUGAUGUAUUAGAACCACAAAAUACUGUUGGCAUGUUCAGUAUAAAAAAUCAAAUAUAUGGUAUUUGUAAAAAUUUAGAGCCCAUUGAUGGAGUUACGGAGUGUCGUGGUAAAUGUGAAUCUACCACUUAUUUUGAGACAGACAAUUGGAGUCAAGCAGUUAAUUGUCAAUGCUGUCAACCAACAGAGUAUAAAUCUCUGAAUAUUGAAUUAACUUGUGAAAACUACCGAACUUUCAAAAAACAAAUUGCUGUGCCAGUUUCUUGCACUUGUUCAAUUUGUAUGUCCCAUAAUAACGAUUACAGAGGAACAAAAGGUGGGAUAAAGAAAGGUUAACGAAUUAAGAGCUUGGAAUGCCUUAGAACUUGUCAGCCUCUGAGUAGUACAGAGGAUACUUCAAUAAUGAAUGAAGAUUCAGGACACACUCGACU